AUGGAACAAAAUCACAACCCACAAUUUUCCUCCUCCACCACCGCCGCCGCCGACUCCACCAGAACCGGCAUUCUGGCGUCGGCGACGGGCGCGACCGAAGUAGAGCCGAGCUACCGAGGGGUCCGGAAGCGGAAUUGGGGCAAGUGGGUGUGCGAAAUCCGAGAGCCAAGGAAGAAAUCGAGAAUAUGGCUCGGGACAUACUCGACGGCCGAGAUGGCCGCGCGUGCCCACGACGUGGCGGCCCUCGCCGUCAAGGGCCCGUCGGCCUUCCUCAACUUCCCCCACCUGGUCGGCCGCCUCCCUCGACCAGCCUCCGCCGCGGCCAAGGACAUCCAGGCUGCCGCCGCGGAGGCGGCGGCGGCCACCGAUCUGGACGGGCCGACCGGGCGCCAGGCGUCGAGCUCGGACUCGUCGACGGAUUCUGCCUCCGACGCGCGAGCGGCGGCGGCCACCGAGAUGGACAAGCCGAUCAAGCGCCAGGUGUCGAGCUCGGACUCGUCGACGUAUUCAUUCUCGGACACACGAGAGCCGUUGGAUUGCGCGGUUGAUUGGACGACGGCGAACGGCGACGACGACACGUUUUUCGACCUGCCGGAUUUGGGGCUGGCCGCGAGUGGCUCUCACGGCGUGGAUGGGUUAUGUUGCUACGCUCCCACGUGGCUGGAUCCAUUUCCGUGGGAGUGUAACUAG